GUAGCUUUAUAAACAUAGAGCAUAGGCAGAGGGGAAUUUUGUUGACAAAAGUGCAUUUUAGAGUUUGUUUCUGAGACUUCUAUGGUGUUUUCUCUAUGUGUUAAUUAUAGUGAAUAAAAAAAUUACUAAGUAUAUGCUCUGAGAGGAGAAGAAUAGUGGUUUUUCUAGUUUAUAUGCUCUUAGUGGUGUAUUAACAAUAAUUUUGCUGAAAAUGGCGGCUCCAAAAGUGAUAAGUAGAAACUUCAGAAACCUUCUAGCGUGUAAGAGUUAUUCAGCGAACGUUACAGUGAAACACAGCGUUUGGACGCAAGAAAAUAUCGUCAGAUCUCCGUUCAAAGAUGUUGAAAUACCGAGACGGAGUUUGCCAGAACAUAUUUGGGAGAAUUUGGAGAGAUGGCCCGAUAAAACUGCGAUGGUAUGUGGCAUAACAAACCGGUCAAUAACCUACCACCAACUCUACAAAUAUUCGAGGAACUUCGCAGCGCACCUGCGGACCAACUUCCACUUGACCGAUGGUGAUGUGGUCUGCAUCAUGAUGGCCAAUGCCCCAGAGUACGCUCCAGCUGUCAUUGGGGCUUUGGAAGCUGGUGCCGAAGUUACUACUAUUAAUCCUAUUUAUACUGCUCAUGAAGUCCACAGACAGCUGCUCCUAUCGAAUCCUAAAAUCCUGAUCGGUGUACCAGAAUCAGUUCCAAUAUUGAAAGAAGCCUUGAAACUAGCCAAAAAAACAAUUCCAAUAAUUACAUGCAACGCCAAAAACAACCUUCCAUUUGACACAAUAUCUUUCGAAGAAUUGAUCAACGAUGACAGUGUAAAUAAAGAGGUUCUUAAGCAAGUGAGAAAAAAUUUUGAAGAUGUAAUACUGUUGCCAUAUUCCAGUGGCACUACAGGUUUGCCUAAAGGCGUAGAACUUACCACUAAGAAUAUUGUUUCUAACUGUAUUCAGCAAGAUAUGAAGGAAAUUAGGCAUUACGAUGAUACAACGAGUUCACACCAAGAAUCAGUCGUAGCAGUUCUACCAUUCUACCAUAUUUACGGCUUAGUCAUUAUAAUGCUGCACAAACUAUCAGUGGGUGGGAAAGUUGUGACACUUCCAAAAUUUGAACCUACAAGUUUUUUAAAAACGUUUGAUGACCAUAGAACGAGUUUAUUGUACACUGCCCCUCCUUUAGUUUUAUUCCUAGCAUCUUUUCCGGGAGUCACUUCUAAACAUCUGGAAUCAGUAAAUAGAAUCGUAUGUGGAGCUGCUCCGUUGCCAAAAUCUGAUAUAGAUAAAGUAUUGGAAAAAGUAAAGCACGACUUGAAGUUCCUCCAAGUUUAUGGCUUGACAGAAACCUCUCCAUUAGUUACCACAUUCACACAAGACUAUCAAAAAUAUACAACAGCUGGAUUUCCUAUUUCCAAUACCGAAUUGAAAAUAAUUGGUGGAAAAUCUGAAAAUUUGGGACCAAACCAGGUCGGCGAAUUACUCAUAAGGGGACCACAAAUAAUGAAAGGAUACAGAAAUAAUGUUGAAGCAACCAAUAACUGCAUUACUGAAGAUGGCUGGUUCAAAUCUGGUGAUUUAGCUUCAAUUGAUGAAGACGGAUCUCUUACCAUAGCUGAUAGACUGAAAGAACUCAUUAAGGUAAAAGGUUACCAAGUCCCUCCAGCAGAACUAGAGAGUGUCAUCAAAGAACAUCCAGCUGUUCUUGAUGCUGGAGUCGUAGGUAUUCCAGAUCCCAAGACAGGAGAGCGCCCUAAAGCAUUUGUUGUUCUAAAAGAAGGACUGAAGGCAGUUCCUAAAGAUAUAGAAACGUUUGUGUCAGAAAGAGUUGCAGAAUUCAAAAGACUGAAAGAUGUUACUUUCGUAGACAGUUUGCCAAAAAAUCCCUCGGGGAAAUUGUUAAGGAGAAUUUUAAAAGAAAAACACUGUUGAUAACGAAAUAAAAAACCGAAGACGUUAUUAUAAUAAGUAAAAAAACUUUA